UUUUGGACAGGGAUGGCUAUGAUAAAUCAUACAGACGUUAUGUGGUCUUUGUCUGUUCGUUGUUCCUGCAGUUUUUUGUUAUCGGAAUGCCCUCGUCCAUGUUGGGAAUCAUGUACGUUGACAUCAUGAGAGAGUUCCGAGCAGAAGCUUCGGAAACAGCUCUGAUGUUAUCGUUAUACCGGGGACUCUCUUUUGGAGGAUGUAUGGUAGGAAACUUGAUAAUGCGCUAUGUAGGCGAGUUUCCCUGUAUGAUGGUCGGGUCUUUCAUAGGAAGUGUCAGUUUCAUUGUAGCAGUUUUUGCGCAGAAUGUAACUACGGUUGUCCUGCUUGUGGGUGUUGGGGCAGGCUGCGGUUUUAUGUUCCCACUAUUGCUAGCCUACAGCAAUAUCGGAAGAGCUUUCUCUGGAAAAGCUGCAACCCAAUUCCUCACAUUAACAGCAAUAGGCGGAGGUAUAGGACUCAUCAUUACUCCUUACAUAACAGAGUUUCUCCUCAGAGAAUAUGAAUGGCGAGGAACCUGUCUUAUUUCUGGAGGACUAUUCCUAAACCUAUUGGUGAUCGGUGUCCUGGUACAACUUAAUCUUCCGGAUAGUCCAGAGAAUUCCAAGGUUUUUAAUUGGGAAGACCAAAAAGCCAUUUUUAAAAGCAGAGCAUAUUCACUGAUGCUGUUCAGUAUGGUGUUAUUUGGGUUAUUUGGUUUCAUUGAACCCUGGUUCCUACCUGAUUUCCUUGUAUCCAAUGGUUACAACCAAAAAGACGCUGCUUUCUUAAUGACAGUCAUUGGAACCUGCAAUCUAAUUGGACGGAUUUUGGCAGGUGUAUUAGAACCUCUUCUAAGUCGAACAAAGUUGAUGUACCACUGGAUCUAUAUCUUCACGUUAAUGGGACUCAGCCAUGCCAUAUUUCCCUACUUCAUCCAUGUUAACCCUGCCCUGAUCUUGGCAUCUGUGAUCUACGGAAUCACUUUUGGAAUGGUGGUAUCCCAGAGUGCUCCAGUGAUUUUACAGUCCCUCUCAUCAGACCUGUAUCCAACAGGACUGGCUACAGAAUUAACUAUUUAUGGAGGUUGUACUGUUCUCGGCGGAUAUGUCGGUGGACUGAUUCGUGACGUCACAGGCGGAUAUACCGGUGUUUUCUACAUUGCCUCUCUGUCCGCCAUUGUUGUUGCCUUCAGUUGUGGAAUAUUGCUGUCUGUGGAAAAACUGUAUAAACGGAAAACCAAACCCUGCGUUCACAUCCCCUCUAUAUCAACUAUAACACACCUUUAAUUGAUAAGUAACUCUUUUGGAAAUA